UGACCGGAAGUGGAUUGUGAAUCAAUGAAAACAUGGAAUGUUAAUUUUGACAGUUGUGAAGAAAAUGUUGUACCCUUGUAAUUUAUAUGAAAGUGGUCAAUCGCAAUGAAGAAAAUAGUUUAACCUAUCACAUAACAAUGUCAUCGUCAGGCCUGUCAAUAAAUGAAGCGGACAUUGUCCGUUUAGUAUUGGAGUUUCUCCAAAACCGGGAACUCAACAUCUCCAUGUUGUCGGUCGAAAGAGAAACGGGGAUUGUGAAUGGAAUUUUCUCAGACGACAUGUUAUUUCUUCGUCAGCUUAUCCUAGAUGGUCAGUGGGAUGAUGUCAUUGAAUUCAUUCAACCUCUUGGUUCGAUCGAUGGUUUUGAUUUGCAGAAAGUUCAGUUCAUUGUUAUGAAACAUAAAUAUCUUGAGUUGCUUUGUAUAAAAUCUGAACCAAGUGCAUUUCAAAAUUACGAAUUGACAGUAGAUGAAGUUGUUAAAUGUCUAAAUAGUCUUGAAAGUCUUUGUCCUUCAAAGGAGGAAUAUAAUGUUUUAUGUUUGUUACUGACUGUUCCAAAACUAUCUGACCAUUCUGAAUACGUAAACUGGAAUCCAAGCAAUGCUAGAGUGAAAUGUUUUAAUGACAUAUGUCCGUUUAUUGAGAAAUUCUUAACUUCUGAAAAGAAAAAAACACUUGCUGAAAAUGACCGCCUAAUGCAGUUGAUUCUAAAAGGGAUGUUGUAUGAAUCAUGUGUUGAGUUUUGUCAGACCCAAGCUACAAGCACCAGUAAUGAAGGGAACGAGGAAUUAGAGUUGUCAUUUCCUUCGGUAUUUAGUAAUUCGGGAUUUAGUGAUGCUGACUUAAGUUUAUUAUCUUGGUUACAGUAUAUACCAUCAGAAACAUUUUCUUGUCCUUUUGAACAGAAACCUUUGAAGGUUGAUGUGGAUCCAUUAGUAAAACCAUCACUAGAGGCUUCAUGGUCAGAACAAAUCUUAGUAACACCAAUUAAACCAAAAAUGUUUCCUCAUUCUGCUGUGCCAACAUCACGACCAAGAUCUGCUGACUUCAUGACCAGAUCGUUAAACCCUCAGUUUGAUGGUCUUGCUUUUGGACUUUUAAAGAGAGGACCUAUUAGUAUGACACAGUCAAUUAACACACCUAGUUCUCUAUCACGAUCAAUCACUCCAGGCUUUGGUCUGGAUGGUGCUAAUAAAAACCCAAUGUUAAUGUCAAUUGACAGAAUGUUUUCACAAGGAGAAGUCUUAGAUACAGAAGCAUCAAUAAGUGUGUCUGAAGAACCUAAAUCACCUUUAUUAAAGUCAUCCAAUGCUUACUCUGCUAAGAAAAUCUCUAUUGAACCUACAGGUAGAAAAACACCACCAAAAAUUGCAACACCUCCAAUGUCUCAAGCAAAACGGAAAAGUUUGACUGGUGAUCUACAGUCACCACGUUCUCAAUCCCCAGCUAGGUCUGUUUCUACAAAGGAAAAUAUCAGUGAAGUCUCAGCUAGCACAGAACUUCUACACGAAUACCAAAAACAAAAGCAAAAAUUAAAGGAAAGGCUUGAGAAACAGGAUGUGGAGAGAGAGAAAGUUCAAAGAGAAUUGAUGGAGAUAAUGAGAAGACAAGAUGAAAUUGUGAUUCAGAGUCAAGAAAGGCCGUUUCAAUCACAGGAUGAUUUCGAUUUAGAUACACCACAAAGAAUGGCAGCUCUGGCAAAUGGCCCAGUAUCAGCACCAGUGACUCCUUAUUCCCAUGAAGGUUACAAUAUCUUGGAUACUCCACAGUUCACUCCCUUUAUAACACCAACAAAUCAUAAAACACCCCUCCAAGGACCCCCUAUUUUUGAUUUAACAAACAAUAUUUCUGAUAGUGAAACAGAUGGCACAUUCAUUGAGAAUGACAAAAACAAUUCAGUGGCUAAUACAAGUAAAACAGUAAAGGCCUUAGUUAAUCAGGAGGUGAAAGAUAACUUGAAUAAAGACUGUUCAAGGGGAAAUAACUCUACUCUAGACCAAAACAGCAUUGUUGAAAAUUCAGAUCAUCAAAGUGAUGCAAAUAAAAGAAACAAGUCCAUAUCUUACAGUAUACCAACAGAAAAAUCUGAUUUGAAUAAGAUUGGCUCAAGUGCUACUUUGCCAAGAAGGAGUGGACCAAAAGUAAAGGGAAGUAUUCAAACCACUGGCACAGUUUGUCGUUCAAAACUGACAGGAACCAAAAAACCUGGUCUUAGUCCAGGACCUAGCACUCCAAAAUGCAGUCCAAGCAAAUCUAGUCCAGGACCUAGCACUCCAAAGAGCAGUCCAAGCAAAUCUAAGACAUCACCAACAAGACCAAAUUCACUGAAAGUACCAAGCAAAUUAGACAAAACUAAAACUGGGUCUUCUCCCCUUGGAAGCAGAGAAACCAAGCCCCAUAGAGACAGUCCAACAACAGUCCAACAUAGAGCAAGUCCAAAGCCAAGUCCAGAACAAGUCACAUCUAGUCCAAGGAGGCAACCAAAACAGAUUGAAAAUAAAAGCAACAAACCAAGAUUUGUACCAGUAGCCAGUCUAGAAGAUGCUCAAGCUAUUAGAACUGUUACCUUUCACCCUGCAGGGAACCUGUUUGCUGUUGGUUCAAACUCCAAAAUACUAAGAAUAUGUGAAUUUCCUGAUGUAUCUAACCUAAGUGAAAAUUGUAUCGUAGAAGAUGCCAAAGUUGUUCAUAGUAAGAACAAGCACCACAAAGGAUCCAUAUAUUGUUCAGCCUGGAGUCCUAUGGGAGAUAUUAUAGCUAGUGGCUCUAAUGAUAAGACAAUUAAAAUGUUCAAGUUUGAUGUAGAUAAAGGCACUGAUGGACCAGAAAUGGAAUUAACAUGUCAUGAUGGUACUAUCAGAGAUUUAGUUUUCAUGCAAGAUACCAUAAAUAGAUCAUCCUUAUUGGUCAGUGGUGGUGCUGGUGAUUGUAAAAUCUAUGUUACAGAUUGUGAAACCGGAAUGCCUGUCAGGGCAAUGAUGGGACAUUCAGGUCAUGUUUAUUCAUUACAUACAACAGGAGGCUGUAUGUUUGUCAGUGGGUCACAAGACAAGACUGCCAGAUUCUGGGACUUAAGAGCUUCAACAGCUAUUACAGUUGUACCCAGUGCUACAGGAAGUGCAUUUGCAUCUGUUUGCAUAGAUCCCUCUGGCCGUCUGCUAGCUUCUGGACAUGAAGAUGGCAGUAUAAUGCUGUAUGAUAUUAGAGGCUCCAGAGGGAUACAGAACUUUAAACCUCACAAAGGGGAAUGUCGAUCGGCAAGAUUUUCGAUGAAUGCAUACUAUCUUUUGUCUACUUCGUAUGAUCAAAAGGUUGUUUUGACAGAUUUGCAUGGUGACUUAUUAAAGCCUUUACCAAGUGUAGUUGUUGCAGAACAUCAAGAUAAAGCUCUGCAGUGCAGAUGGCAUCCCUCUCAACUAGCAUUUGUUACAACAGGGGCUGAUAAAACUGCAGUAUGUUGGGGUCUUCCAGUAGUCUAAAGUACAAACAAUAGCCUGUAUAUAACUGCUCAGGCCUUUGUCUUUCUUUAAUUGUUAUGCUUAUAAGUAAUACACGGGUGUAUUUAUAUGAAAGAGUAUUGAUGAGUUCACAGAAGUUUCAAUGUGUUCAUGGUGACAUUAUAGUGUUGGUAUAGAUCUGAUCCAUUGCAAGAUGUAAUAUAUUUAAUCGAAUUUUUUUGUGUAUUUAUUUGUUAAUUUAUUAGUAAAGCAUAGAUUCAUAGUGAGUAUUGUGUCCUUUUGUUCAAACUUUAUUAUUUGCAAAUCUCCAAAACUUGUUCUCAAAUUUCUAUGAAUCUUUCAAAAAAUCACCAUUGCCUCUAAAUGGUAAUGUGUACUAAGUUUGUUUUGUUUUGUUAAGAUUUUAAGAUUUCCAAUAGCUAAAAUAGAAAUAGAUCUAAGUUUUACAAAUGAAAAAGUGAGGUAUGCAUUUAAACUCUUCUCAAAUUAUUUCCAGUAAAUCAGUUUUUCAUUCAAAUUUUCCAAAUUUUGUUGUUUAUUAAACAUAAAUUUGAUUGGUAAUAUAUUUGUCUAAAACAGACUUUUUUAACAUUAGUUCAAACAUCUGUAAAUAAUUAACCCAUAUUAGAAGAUAAUGAUGUCAAUAGUGGAAAGUUUUCUAUUGACAAUAUAAUACUUUACAUGAGUCCCUCCUGAACUUUACUAUAGCUAUAAAUUUUAUGGUACAUUUCAUUUAGGCAAGUGGGUUAGUGUUAAGGUUUUGGUUGUAGUAAAAUCUAUAGUUUUUGUGCAGAACAAUCACGAUCCUUGUUAUGUAUUCACAGAAUUCCAUGAAAUGUAUCAAAUAUAUGAUCUAUUACAUUGUCUCCAUUUGACAUUUUAAUCAUUUCCAUAUUGCAUUCAAAGAAGCAAGUAUAAAAAUGUAAAAAUAUUAUGAAAAGAUGAUGUGGUAUGAUUGCCAAUGAGCCAACUUCCUAUCAGAUAUACUGAUAAGAUAAAUACUGAUAUUUGAUUUCGUGGUUUUGCCGAAGUCUGCAUACAAGCCUAUUGAAAUUUUUUUAUUUGUUGAACAUUUAAUUUUGUGGUUCAUCUAUUUAGAUCUGUACCCACGAAAGCCAAGAAAAUUGGUUUCCAACAAAUAAAAAUGAAUCAACAGUAUUCAAAGAUCUUAUUAACUGUGCCGAAUUGAUAAUCUUUCAGACAAAGUUUAUUGGAAAGAUCAAUACGUUUUUAUGGAUCAUAUCUACAAUUACAGGCUCAGUAAACAUCAUCAUUGUAAAAAUAAGAAUGUGCUUUCUUGUAAUAAGUUUUUUCUGUUCGUUGUUCAUUACUGAUAAGUAUCUGUUUAUUAAAAUUUUACCAAAGUUUUAAGGGAGGAGCCAGAAUUAUGAAUAUACAUGUAAAUCAUGUACUGGUAUAUGUACCAAUAAAAAUGGCAAUAUAUUUACAGUAGUCAAAAUAAUUAUUCGGAGAAUAUUUAUUUAAUUGGUAGAAAUAUAAGAAUAAUGCAGUCAAUGUCUUUAUAAACAUUAAAACAUAAGAUUAUUCAUAAAACCCAAAACAAAUUUAAUUUUCUGUACAGCUGAACUUGUCUUGAUAGUUUUGAGUAAACUGCUACAUUUAUUGUCUUUUUUAUUAACAUAAUUUCUUCCAUAACAGUGAAACCUGUUCAAAUAAACUUACUCUAAUCUAGCAAGCUGUGAGUGAAAUUAUUUAUUGAACAUUGAUGAUUUUUAACUGAUAUAUAAAUUAAAAUAUGUAUUAUAACCUAUUAAAACUAGAUCUUAUUUUUACACAAAUGUUUAUCCAGAAGAUGUCAUGGUAGACAGAUUCCACUGUAUACUGUUUCCAACCGAACUUUUGCUAUAUAGAACUGAUAUUAAAAUUAACUAUGCAAAAACACAUGAUGCAUAAAAUCUUACUUGUAUGUUAUGGUGUGUGUACUCUCAAAUAACUAAAUAAUCCAUGCUAUUCCACUGGAUUUGUCUCCGAAUUGAAAUACAAAUACAUGUAUGAGUAAGAUUUUUUGUUAAUGUGCACACAGAUCUGUCUCUUGCCAUUGUUUUUUUAUGUUUUAUAUUUAUAGUUUAUUAUGAUCUCAGUUUAAAUGCUUUAUCAAAUGUGCUUUUUUUGUUUUUGUUUAUUAUUUAUUUAUAUUUGACAUGAAAUUCUACAAUAUCUGUCCCUAGAAAUGUUACGUCCAAAGAGUAUUUCAAGUGCUUUCUGUAUGUAUGUUUGUUUAAAUUUAUUUUACAUACUUCUUUCUUCAUUUGUUUAUGAACAUAUAUUUAAACUGUGUGUAUUUCUCUUUUAUGUGUCAAGAUGACUUUCACUAAGUCAUUGCUUAUAUAAAUAGGUCUGAAAGAUGAUUCUCUUUAUGUUUUUAGUAUAAAGAAUUAAAGUUGACCAUAAAAUAAAUCUGUAUAGAUUCCACCACUGCAUCAAGUGUAAUACCAUAUUUUUGCACUGGAGGUAGACGAAUUUUCAAAUAAAAAAAAAGGCUUUUCAAGACAUAUUCUGAUUUGUCAUUAUAAUGGGUUUUUUUUAGAAGUCAAAUGAUUAAAAUGUUAUGAAAUUAUGAAAUAUGGAAUUUUCCUUUUUUGUCUGAAUUUGUGAAGAUGUAUUUAUUAUUUGCUUAUCUGAUUGAAUGCAAGGAAUAGCAUAUAUUUGCAGUGUAGAGUUUAUGGUUGAUUAAAUUUAAAAGUAGUGUACUGUUACCUUGUAAAUUAAGAGUUUUUGCCUUAAAGUGAACUUUUGAGAAACCUUUCAACACAUAUGAAAGCAAAAUCUUCCACCUAUAUAAUGUACCAUCUUACACCUUUUUGUUUUCUAUAUCAUUGCUAUUUCAUGUUUAAGUCUAGUUGUUCAGAAAGGAUCAAUAGUUAAAAUAUAUUAUUUAUUUGCAAGAUAAAACAAAAUGGUAUAUUUAAUAUUAAAGAUGUUUAAGAUGUUAUGGAAUUUAUUUAUUGAUAAGAGUGGUUAUAUGAAUAAAAUAAAAUAAAUGCUGCACAUUGCUUUGCGGUUGAAAAUAUUGUGCAAGUGCUUCACUUCCUAACACAUAAUGAGUAUGUUUGCAUUGCAACUAACAAGCAUCAACUCUUCAGUGGGAGCCUCUUGAUUCUUAUUAGUUGAAUGUUCUUAGAGGGGGGCAGUUGACAUCAGGAUCGGAUGUUUUUAAGCUCAGGAUUUCAGGAUUGAUCCUUUAGGGAUUCUGGAAUUCUUUUUUUGAAUUUCGGGAUGUCAGGUUUUAAAUUUUUUUAAAUCUGGGACCUCAGGAUUUCAUGUUUUUAAGCCCAGGAUUUCGGGAUCAGAACCCCUCUGACCCCCCAUUCUUAGAGUCUGCCUUCUUAGAUAAUUUCGUGUAUAGGAGAUAAGAUCACACAUUUUGCUAGAAAAAAUCACCAUUGUUUUAUUAAAUUUAUCCUGUAAAAAUUGAUAUAUAUUUAUCAAUACACUGAAUUGUAUGUACAAAGUAAUCUGUUUAAACUUCCCAACCAUUUGCCAACUCUGUAUAACUAAUUCUUUAAAAGUUGUUGACCUAAUUGAAUUUUGAUUUUGAUACUUUAACUGUAAAAAGAAAGGUAAAAUCAUUGAAAUAAAAAAAAAUGGAUUUUAUCAACUAUUCCAGUAGAAAAAAAACCCUCAUGGAUCAAUUCCAUUUUCCAAAUAAGUUUUUGAAAAUUUGACACUUAUGUAUUGUUUAAUUAGUUUGUAGAUGUUUAGGAGCACACAUUACUUACCCUAUAUUUAACUGGAAAUAGAAAAUAAAUUGUUUGGUGGAAAAAUUUAAGUAUUGCACAAUAAAGAUGUAAAACAUGUAAAAUAUAUUAAAGUCACAUUUUUUGCAUGUGGAUAUUAUGGAAUUUACAAAUACUUAUACUUUGAAAGAGAAUUCUAGGUAUGUAGUCAUAUUUUUAUGUAUAUGUAAGGCACAUGUUAAGAAUCUACACAAGUUAUCACACAUUAUUAUGCAUGUUGAAAGAGUGGUCUGCUAUAAUACUUAUGCUUUGUGUAUUUGAUAAUGUCUGCUGCAAAUAAAAUUAUACGUGAACUAGCA